CUCACUCUCUUUGAAGCUCACUCCAAAGGCAGAGCCUCCCUCUCACUCUCUCACACUCACAAAUCUGCCACCACGCGGUUGCUUCCACGUCGCCGGAUCCUCUGCGUCUCGUCCCGGCUCCUGUGCACCUCCGGCACUGCGUCGUUGCCUCCUUCCGUGGCUCUCCUUCAUUGUGUCGUCGCGUCUCCUUGCUCUUGUGCCGCUGUGCGUCUCUCGUAGUCGUCGUGGCAUCCUCAUCCGGCGGGGCUCGCGUCGCUGCUGCCUCCCCUCGCCGGUCUUUGCCUCGUCGUGCUUGGUCUUCCUCUUCUCCCCCCGCAUUCUGCCUUCACAUCAUCAGCUUUCAUUCAUUAUGGCAGCAGAGUCAUCGGAGGGUGAAGAAGAAGCAAAGCUCACUGGAGGGAAUCAACUCUUGGUUGUGGAUGAUGACCUCAGAGAGAUGGGCAAGAAGGCUGCCUGGAGUGUUAGCUCCUGCAAGCCUGGUAAUGGAGUUUCAUGUCUCCGUGAUGACAAUCUGGAAACCUAUUGGCAAUCUGAUGGUGCUCAACCCCAUUUGGUUAACAUUCAGUUUCAAAAGAAAGUUAGAUUACAAUUAAUUAUUCUCUAUGUGGAUUUCAAGCUCGAUGAGAGUUACACGCCAAGCAAGGUUUCCAUCCGUGCUGGUGAUGGCUUUCACAACCUGAAGGAGAUAAAAACUGUGGAACUUGUGAAGCCUACUGGUUGGGUUUAUCUCUCAUUGUCUGGAACUGAUCCUCGUGAAACUUUUGUGAACACUUUCAUGUUGCAAAUUGCUGUUUUGUCAAACCAUCUCAAUGGAAGGGAUACUCAUGUCCGGCAGAUCAAAGUUUAUGGACCUCGACCGAAUCCUAUUUCACAUCAACCAUUUCAGUUUACCUCAAGCGAAUUCAUCACCUACUCUUCUAUAAGAUGAGAAAUUGCAGGAAAGGAUGAAUCCAAGCCAACAUCAUGCUAUGGGAGACCUUUAUUGACAAUAAUUUAUUCACAUUUGAGCCUAAUUGAACUUUUCUGCGAUACUUGUGUUAUAGAAUUUAAAAUGUAAUUAUGAUAUCAAUUUGGAUUGCUAAACUCACCAAACAAUUAUGGUAUUUAUUUUUUCUAUGAAAUUAGCUUUUAAUU